CCAAGAGGGGCCAGCCCCCCCGGAAGCGAUGGCCCAGCCCUACCCCCCAGCCCAGUACCCCCCCCAGAACGGCAUUCCAACGGAGUACGCCCCUCCCCACCCCCACCCGCCAGCAGACUACACGGGUCAGAGCACAGUGGCAGAGCACGCUCUAACGCUGUACACUCCCACACAGACACACAGCGAACAGCCCGGCAUCGAGAACAACACAGCCACACUAUCGCAGGCAGACGAGGUUGCGCAGACGGAGGUUUCCCAUCAGCUCCACCUGCAGCAGUGUGAUUCGUCAGAGAAGCAGCAGCCCAAACGGUUACACGUCUCCAACAUCCCUUUCCGCUUCAGAGACCCAGACCUCAGGCAAAUGUUUGGGCAAUUUGGGAAGAUUUUAGAUGUGGAGAUCAUUUUUAACGAGCGAGGCUCCAAGGUUAACAACGCAACAGCAAGAGUUAUGACAAACAAAAAGGUGGCAAACCCAUACACGAAUGGCUGGAAGCUGAACCCAAUGGUGGGAGCUGUCUAUGGUCCUGAAUUGUAUGCAGUGACAGGUUUUCCCUACCCUAGUACAGGAGCGGCAGUAGCCUAUCGGGGAGCUCAUUUGAGAGGGAGGGGGCGGGCCGUCUAUAACACAUUCCGCGCCGCGCCCCCACCCCCACCCAUGCCUGCCUACGGAGCGGUUGUUUACCAGGACGCCUUCUAUGGUGCAGAGAUCUACGGGGGUUAUGCAGCGUACAGAUACGCACAACCAGCAGCCACGGCUGCAACCGCAUAUAGUGACAGUUAUGGGAGAGUCUAUGCAACAGCGGACCCAUAUCACCACACGAUUGGUCCUGCAGCCACGUACAGUGUGGGUACUAUGGCUAGCCUAUACAGAGGAGGCUGCAGUCGCUUCACUCCGUACUAGAGCGAGAGAGAGGGACAAACGCCCCCCUCCUCCCUCCUUCCGCCCCCAGAAAAAAAAAAUACAUCAAACUAAACACCUCCUUCCUCUUCAAUGGAAAACUAAAAGUUGAGCAAAACAACACCAGGUCAACAAAACACAUGACCACCUUGUCAAGACUCUCCAGGUCAACAAAACACAUGACCACCUUGUCAAGACUCUCAAGUUGAUGUCUACUUUUAAGAGUUUUAUCUUGACUAUAUGCAUUGUCUGUCAUCGAUGUACUGUACCGAUUUUGGAAAUGACGAUGCUCUUGUUUAUUUCCUGUAUUGAUUGGAAUGUAUUGCUCCGGGUUGAGAUUGAUGGUUUCUAGAAUGUGAGAAAGAAAGUGGUGCUGGAGCGAGACAAAGAAAUAAAAAGAGAGAGAAAGAAAGAAAGAAAGAAAGAAAGAAAGAAAGAAAGAAAGAAAGAAAGAAAGAAAGAAAGAAAGAAAGAAAGAAAGAAAGAAAGAAAGAAAGAAAGAAAGAAAGAAAGAAAGAAAGAAAGAAAGAAAGAAAGAAAGAAAGAAAGAAAGAAAGAAAGAAGUUGGAUAUGAGGGAAUAGGCCUUUCUCUUUCCAAUAAAGCCAAAAUAUUGUCAUUAAUUUAACACAUUUAAUCAUUAACAAUAGUAUUAUAAAUGGUGGGCAAUAGGUUUAUAUUGUCUGUAUAACGCCUGUAUAAUGGGAAUCAUACCGAGGGAAUUUACCAACGAAAAAACAACUAAAUGCUGCUACUCUAUAUUCCUCUGAGUUUAUGUUAUCAAACUGCGUUCCUGUAGGACGGGUCACUACUAUUAACGCUGCAAUUUGUCAUUUUCCCAAUAUACAUUAAGACCGCUAAUGUUCAGCAAUUCCCGUUGAAGCAACACAUUUCAUACUGGGUUUUAUUAAGUAAGUAAAUGACACAGGCAUUCAACUUGGCACCCUAUUCUCUAUGUAGUGCACUACUUUUAACGUGGGCCCGUAAGGUUCUGGGCAAAAGUAGUGCACUAAUCUGGGUAAAAGUAGUGCACUAUUUACGAAAUUGGGUGCCAUUUGGGACGUAGACCCAAGAGUUUAGUUUGUAGACCUGAGACUUCGUAGGCUAAUGACAUAAACAUAAACGCACUCAGCUAUAAGAGGUUGAUCUGUGACCUAAUGGCUGACAGGAAGUGAUGUAUCCUAGAAUGAUGUGUAGUAAGAAGAGAGGGGGGAGAAGGAGAGCUGUGGCUGCCAUUGCUGUAGCAGUAGUGUUUCAGAGCGAGAGCAUUGAUUGUGGCACUGAGCCAAAAGCAAUAAUACUACAACAUUACAACAGAUUAUUAUUAUUAUUAGAUAUUUCAUUGGUCAGUUUUUCUUUUUAGAAAGAGAGUCAUUGCAUACAGUAUCUUCAAUUCAUAUCCAUUAUAUAAUUUUUCCGUGCCAAACUGAACUAUAUCUUUGAACAAGUAACACUAUUCAACGAAGAGGAUGUUGAAGGCAUUUGCUGUUUUUCAAAUGGUACAUAUUUUUUAAUUUUUUAUUUUUAUUUCACCUUUAUUUAACCAGGUAGGCUAGUUGAGAACAAGUUCUCAUUUGCAACUGCGACCUGGCCAAGAUAAAGCAUAGCAGUGUGAACAGAGUAAACAAUUAACAAGUCAAUAACACAGUAGAAAAAAAAGAGUCUAUAUACAUUGUGUGCAAAAGGCAUGAGGAGGUAGGCGAAUAAUUACAAUUUUGCAGAUUAACACUGGAGUGAUAAAUGAUCAGAUGGUCAUGUACAGGUAGAGAUAUUGGUGUGCAAAAGAGCAGAAAAGCAAAUAAAUAUAAACAGUAUGGGGAUGAGGUAGGAUUUAAGAGAAGAGAAAGGCUAGUGUGUUUUACUGCACAGGGAGAAGGGGAUACCUGGUCAGUUGUACUUGGUCAGUUGUACCUGGGCAUUUGUACCCGGUCAGUUGUACCUGGUCAGUACAACUGAAAGCAUUCAUCCAAGAUGUGUCUUCUGCAUUUAACCCAACCCCUCUGAAUCAGAGAGCUGCAGGAGUCAUUUAACCCCUCUGAAUCAGAGAGGUGCAGGAGUCAUUUAACCCAACCCCUCUGAAUCAGAGAGGUGCAGGAGUCAUUUAACCCAACCCCUCUGAAUCAGAGAGGUGCAGGAGUCAUUUAACCCAACCCCUCUGAAUCAGAGAGGUGCAGGAGUCAUUUAACCCAACCCCUCUGAAUCAGAGAGGUGCAGGAGUCAUUUCACCCAACCCCUCUGAAUCAGAGAGGUGCAGGAGUCAUUUAGCCCAUUUAGCCCCUCUGAAUCAGAGGGCUGGGGGGGGCUGCCUUUAUUGACAUCAACGUACCCAGAGAGAAGUUGGGGGUUAUCUGCCUUGCUCAAAGGCAGAACGGCACAUUUUUCACCUAGCUGGCUAGAGGAUUUGAACCAGUGACCUUUUGGUUACUGACCCUCUUAACCUCUAGGCUACCUGCCGCCCUACAGGCGUGUAAGAUGUGAAAGAGAGAAGGGCACAUGUUGAUUAGGCCAGUGAGUUGUUACCUUACAUGGUAGAACGCCGUGUUCCAGUCCCAGACACGGUCCCACCCUGAGACCUGGGGUGUGUCCCAAAUGGCAGUAGUGCACCACUCUUGACCAGAGCCUUUUGACCCUAUAGGCUCUGGUCAGAAGUAGUGGGCUAUACAGGGAAUAUGGUGCCACUUAGGGAAACAUCCCUCAGGUGCAGAGGUGGGAGGGCGGAGAGAAGCUCUUAGAGUUGCGAUUGACAUUAGGAAGGAUGUUAGGACUCCCACAGGAGAAGAUGUUCAGUGUUACUGAGUCUUAAAGACAUAUUUCCAUCACUUUAAGAAUGUGUUCUUCUCUUUAAUUUCUCUGAGAUUGACUCUCUCUGUCUGCGUGUGACACUCCCUCAAGGUAACUCCACACACACUCCCCCAGGCCCUGCAGUGUUUA